AUGAAGCCAAGCACGGAGCCACCAAAGAUGGCCAUAGACGACCACCAGAUACAACUACGCACUAGACCUACACGAGGAUCUAAAAACCAGUCGCUGCAACCAAGAGGUCACCGUCUUGAGAGCAACAGCAAGUCGUCGCUAAACCAAAACAGUGAACCAAACCUUCACCCACUCAGUACGACGAAAAACACGGGGGAGAUUAAAGCAGAAACCACUGCUCCCACGACCCUAAAAGCUUACUGUCACAGCGAAUCACCACCACCACAGCCUCACCACGAUUCGAGAAGAAGCAGAACCACCACCGGAGACAACGUUCCUCGCGACAGAGCACACUCUGAGACGAACCCUAAAACCAGAAUCAACGGCAUACCGGACGAGAGGUUGGGGAUCGAGAAGCAGCAAAGGAGAAGAUGA